AAAUGGCAAGAGGAGGAGAUGAGAAAGUUCCAUUUUAUAAGCUUUUUGCAUUUGCAGAUAGAAAUGAUAUAAUUUUAAUGUUGUUGGGAAUAUUAGGUGCUAUUGCUUCUGGGGUUUCAAAGCCAUUGAUGUCACUUAUUUUUGGUGAUCUUGUUGAUUCUUAUGGAACUUCUAAUCAAUCCAACAUUCGUGAUAAAGUUUCUGGGAUAUCCCUCAAAUUCGUCUACUUGGGCAUUGGUUCAGGCAUAGCUUCAGUAUUGCAGGUAGCAUGUUGGGUAAUUACUGGAGAAAGGCAAGCGACUCGAAUAAAAUGCUUAUACUUGAAAACAAUCUUAAGACAAGAUAUCGAAUUUUUCGAUACUCAAUCAGCAACAGGGGAGGUUAUAGAAAGAAUGUCGGGCGAUACUAUUCUACUUCAAGAAGCCAUGGGUGAGAAGGUUGGGAAUUUUAUCAUGCACAUGUCAACUUUCAUUGGAGGAUUUGUAGUUGCAUUUAUCAAAGAGUGGCACCUCACGCUGGUUUUACUCACAACCAUUCCUGCAAUCGCCAUUAGCUAUGUUUGUGCAGCGUUGGUCUUGUCCAAAAUUUCAGGGAGCGGACAAGCUGCUUAUGCAGAUGCAGGAAAGAUAGUUGAACAAACAGUGGGAGGAAUUCGAACGGUUGUUUCUUUCACAGGAGAGAAUUUGUCAAUUAUAGAUUAUAACAGUAAGCUGGAAAAUGCUUAUAAACCUACUGUCAACCAAGCGCUGGCUUCAGGAAUCGGACUUGGCACGACACUAAUGGUUAGCUUAUUUAGUUAUGGACUUGCCAUAUGGUAUGGAGCCAAAUUGAUCAUAGAUAAAAAUUACAGCGGUGGUGACAUUGUAACUGUAAUUUUCUCGGCUAUGCUAGGUGGAAGCUCACUAGGUCAAGCAUCUCCGAGUUUGAGUGCAUUUUCAGCGGGGCAGGCUGCAGCAUACAAGAUAUACGAGACUAUUAAACGUAUGCCAAAAAUCGAUCCAUAUGAUCCUAGUGGGAUUCAAUUGGAAGAUAUUAAAGGGGAAAUUGAGCUUAAAGAUGUGUACUUUAAGUAUCCAGCAAGACCAGACAUGCAAAUAUUUUCCGGAUUCUCGUUAUAUAUUCCGAGUGGUAAAACAGCAGCCUUAGUUGGGCAAAGUGGAAGCGGAAAAUCAACUGUUAUUAGUCUGCUAGAGAGAUUCUAUGACCCCGAAGCUGGUGAAAUACUUAUAGACGGAGUUGAUAUUAAGAAAUUUCAACUCAAGUGGUUGAGACAGCAAAUGGGGCUAGUAAGUCAAGAGCCCGUGCUAUUUGCAACUACUAUUCGGGAAAAUAUAAUGUAUGGGAAAGAAAAUGCCAGUGAGGAGGAGAUCCGGAAUGCAAUCAAGCUCGCUAACGCAGCUAAAUUCAUCGACAUGCUUCCGAAGGGUCUGGACACAAUGGUUGGUGGGCACGGUACUCAGAUAUCUGGUGGACAAAAGCAAAGAAUCGCCAUUGCGAGGGCCAUUUUGAAAGAUCCAAGAAUUCUUCUACUUGACGAAGCGACUAGUGCAUUGGAUGUGGAAUCAGAACGCAUUGUACAAGAUGCUCUAAGUAAUAUCAUGAUAAACCGGACGACUGUGGUUGUUGCCCAUCGCCUGACAACCAUUAGAAAUGCUGAUCUCAUUGCAGUAGUGAAUCUUGGGAAAUUGGUUGAACAAGGAACCCAUGAUGAGUUGAUCAAAGAUCCUGAUGGAGCAUAUUCUCAACUUGUCCAAAUGCAGCAAAAGAAUAAACAUGUCGAAAACACCAAGGGAAAAGAAAUUGAGGAGUCAAAUGCACAAAAACGUUUGAGUUGUUCAAAAAACCCUUCUGGUAGGAGCCGGAGAUUCUCUAUUUCUAGUAGGAAAUCUGCGAGCAAAGGAGCGAGCAGUAGAUUUUCUCUUGCGUAUGACUUGGGAGUUACUGCUGCUGUUGAUUUCCAUGAGAGUAUCCGAAGGGAUGAUGGAGCUGAAAGCAGUGAGUAUAUUGUUGAUAGUAACAGAAAUGUGUCCACUCGAAAGUUAAUGUCACUUGCAUACCUAAAUAAGCCUGAGGUACCCAUAAUGCUUGUGGGAACCGUUGCUGCUUCCAUUAAUGGUGCGGCUUACCCUGUAUUCGGUCUUCUGAUAUCAACGGCUAUCAAAAUCUUUUAUGAAUCACAUCAUGAGCUUCGAAAGGAUUCUCGAUUUUGGGCCCUGAUGUUUGUGGUUAUUGGAGUUGUUAUCAUGAUUGUUGCCCCUUUGCAAAAUUAUGCAUUUGGAAUUGCUGGUGCAAAACUGAUCCAACGGAUACGUUCCAUGACGUUUGCUAAGUUGGUAUACCAAGAGAUCAGUUGGUUCGACGACCCUGCAAACUCAUGUGGUGCUAUAGGUGCAAGACUAUCUAGUGAUGCUUCGACUAUCCGGAAUUUGGUGGGAGAUGCAUUAGCAACGAUAGUCCAAAACAUUUCCACUGUUGCAACUGGUAUGGUGAUAGCUCUUAUCGCUAAUUGGAUUCUCGCACUUAUAAUGCUGGCGAUAAUGCCUCUUAUAGCUUUGCAAGGAAUCAUACAAAUCAAACUUUUGCAGGAGUCAAAUGCUGAAGCCAAGGUAGCGAAUGAAGAAGCAAGUCAAGUUGCCAAUGAUGCUAUUGGGAGCAUAAGAACUGUCGCAUCAUUUUGUGCCGAAGAGAAAGUGAUGGAAAUGUAUCAAAGGAAAUCGGAAGCUCCUUUGAAACGAGGAGCGAAAAAUGGACUUGUUGGUGGAGUUGGUUUAGGCUUCAGUAGUUUCGUGCUGUUCUCCCUUUACGCAUUGACAUUCUACCUCGGAGCCAUUCUCGUAAAGCAUGACAAAGCAAAAUUUUCUGAAGUUUUUAAGGUCUUUUUUGCUCUAUCGAUGGCAUCGAUUGGGCUUAGUGCUCUUGGCAACCUUCCCUCUGAUCUGAGUAAGAGUAAAGGAGCUGCUGCAUCAAUAUUCGAGAUACUCGACAGCAAACCGAGAAUUGAUUCAAGUAGCGGCGAAGGACUCAUGUUAGAUGUUAUCGAAGGCAAUAUUGAACUCCAGCAUAUUAGCUUUAAGUACCCCACAAGACCAGACAUGCAAAUCUUCAGAGAUUUGAGCUUGAGCAUUCCUUCAGGAAAGACAGUUGCCCUCGUUGGAGAAAGUGGUUCAGGGAAGUCAACAGUGAUAAGCCUUAUCGAACGAUUUUAUGAUCCUGAUCAAGGUUGCAUAUAUCUCGAUGGAGUCGAACUCAGGAAGUUGAAUCUAAGAUGGUUGAGACAACAAAUGGGAUUGGUAGGUCAAGAACCAAUACUAUUCAAUGAAACAAUUAGUUCAAAUAUUGCUUAUGGUAGACAAGGAGAAGUAACAGAGGAGGAGAUUAUUUCAGUAGCAAAGGCAUCAAAUGCACAUAACUUCAUAUCUUCAUUGCCUAAUGGUUACAAAACAACAGUUGGUGAAAGAGGGGUUCAACUAUCUGGUGGACAAAAGCAAAGGAUCGCGAUCGCGAGGGCCAUACUGAAGGAUCCAAAGAUACUUUUGCUCGAUGAGGCAACUAGCGCGCUUGAUACAGAGUCUGAACGUAUCGUUCAAGAAGCAUUGGAUCGCGUCAUGGUGAACAGGACAACCGUGGUAGUCGCGCAUCGACUGACCACGAUUAAAAAUGCAGAUGUUAUUGCAGUAGUUAGGAAUAGUGUUGUUGCUGAGAAAGGAACACAUGAUGUGCUCAUGAAUAAAACUCAAGGGGUAUAUGCUUCUUUGGUUGCACUUCAAACAGGAGCAACUUAAGUUUGAUAGAAGUUUUUUUUGUAUUUUUUUUGGUUAAUUACUAUCCUAAAGUUUUGUAAUAUUGAAAUGUUUGCAUUAUUC